ACAGGCACCAGAGAGCCCACGAUGCGAACGAGAGAGACAGCUACCAUACAAGAGCACAAUAUCAUUAUCGAUGCGUAGACUUCUCCGGGCGAUGACGAUGACUACGAUCUCGAUUACGAUACUCCUUCAGCGAGACAGAGCGGUUAUUCUUGAUCGUCUGCCACUGAGGAGUGAGCAAACCAGCCCUCAUAUAUUGCCCGUUCGAGCAUCAAAUGGAUGCAUGCCAGCAGGGAAGCGGGAUUGUUGCAUGCACUUUACAGCGAGUGAUAAGGCUGCACUGUCUUUGGAGGACUGGGCUUCUAGCAGCUACUGUGCCUGGAAUGCAUCAGAUAUAUCCGGGCGCUGUUAUAUCCCACCGACUACUCAUCCACCGGGAGAAUAGCUGUGGUAACGACAUCGAUUGUCCUACAGAUGUUGAUUUGAAAAGAGAGGAUGUCGG